AUUUGGGCACAGAUAACUGAUUGAUGGAUCAUGGUUCUUAGACCUUGGAUAUCCAUUGCAAUUCAAUACUGUGUCCUCACCAAAUCGAAGCUCCACCAUGGACCAGCCUGUUGUCCCUCACGUCGUCUUCCUACCCUUCCCCGCACAAGGUCAUGUCAAACCAAUGCUCAUGCUAGCAGAGCUUCUUAGCCAGGCUGGUUUUGAAGCCACCUUCAUCAACUCCAAUCACAUUCAGGAUCGUCUUGAACAUUCCACAGACAUAGCCACCAUGUACUGUCGCUUCCCCAAGUUUCAAUUCAGGUCCAUCCCUGAUGGUCUCCCAUCCGAUCAUCCUCGCUCCGGCUCAAGCAUCUCUCAACUUUUAAUCGCUUCUAGAGAUGAGACCAGGACAGAAUUUCGCAACUUGUUGGUUAAUCUUGGGCAAAAAAAUGGCCGGUGGGAGCCUCCAACGUGUAUUAUCGCUGAUGGGAUCAUGUCUUUUGCUAUCGAUAUUGCCGAGGAGCUCACAAUUCCAGUCAUAACUUUUAGAACAUUCAGUGCUUGUUGCACUUGGACUUACUUCCAUCUCACAAAACUCAUUGAAGAAGGCGAAGUUCCAUUCCAAGGAGAUGUAGACAUGGACAAGACCAUUACAUGUAUUCCUGGAUUGGAAGGCACUCUCCGGUAUCGAGACCUCCCAAGCAUUUGCAGACGCAAAGAAGCUAAUGAUCCGCUUUUUCAGUUCUUCAUCAAGGAAACUGCAGCUAUGCCACGAGCAUCUGGUCUCAUACUUAACACCUUUGAUAGACUCGAAGCCUCUAUGGUCUCUAAACUUGGCUCCUUCUUUUCCAAGAUUUACACUCUUGGUCCUCUACAAGGUCUCUUCGAUACCUUUGCUGAAAGCCCCUCCGCAAGAACUUCCUCCAAUGGUCUCUUGUGGAAAGAAGACAGAGGCUGCAUGACGUGGCUUGAUUCUCAUCCGUCAAGAUCGGUAAUAUAUGUUAGUUUUGGUAGCUUGGUUGGUCUAUUUCGUGAUCAACUAUUGGAGUUUUGGCAUGGUUUAGUGAAUAGUGGGAAACCAUUCCUCUGGGUCAUAAGAUCUGACUCAAUCAUGGAAGAAGAUGGUGUUAGUGAGGUUCCUUUGCAACUUAAAGCUGCAACUGAGGAAAGGGGAUGCAUAGUGGACUGGGCUCCACAAGAAGAGGUCCUAGCCCAUCCAGCCAUUGGAGGGUUCUUGACUCACAGUGGAUGGAACUCCACAUUGGAGAGUAUUUUUGCAGGAGUUCCAAUGGUUUGUUGGCCCAUGAUUGCUGACCAACAAGUGAAUAGUAGGUGUGUUAGCGAGUUAUGGAAGAUUGGUUUUGAUAUGAAAGACAAGUGUGAGAGGGCCGUGAUUGAGAAAUUGGUAAGGGAUUUGAUGGAAAGUGACGAGAUUGUCAAAUCGACAGAUGAAUUUGCAGGGAUGGCUCGUGAUAGCGUGAAGGAAGGUGGAUCUUCCUACUCCAACUUGCAGAAGCUAAUUGAUGAUAUAAAAUCGAUGAGUUUAGCCGGGAAGGUCUCUUCAUCAAGUGUUGGAUAACUUUCAAAUUGGUAUGGUUGUUGAAGAGCUUGCGUCCUUAGAUGCUUGUUAAUAAAGAAAUUGGUGAAUUUUUCAUGUAUUUUCUCGGAAAGUGUGGAAAAUCCUAAUAAUUACGAGGAGACAAUUCUGAUACUCGUAUUUAUAAUCCUCCCAGGGGAUCUUUAAUAUAGAAAAAAUAUUGAUUACCGAAA